CAGGCAUUCUCUGACCAGGCUCUGGACACAACAUUAAUCAAGCAAUCUUCAUUAUCGUUAUCAACAAGUGCUUUUCGAAAGAAAAUGCCGUGUUGUGCAGCCUAUGGUUGCUCUGUACAGCCCGGACGUGGUAAACGUCUGCAUUAUUUCCCUCGGGAACCUACUAGGAGGAAAUUGUGGGAGCAGAGGGUCAGAAGGAAGAACUGGAAGGCGAAUAAUUUUUCCUUGUUGUGUGAGGACCAUUUUGACGAGACCCAGUAUGAGAGUCACAGGGCUGACGGUCUCAGGAAGCUCAAGCCAAAUGCUAUUCCAACUCAGUUUGUCUUCACAAAACCAAAGACCUCUCGUUCCAGAAGACCUCCAAACAGACACAUUACCAAUUCAGUUGCCCUGAAAGACGUGAUGGUGUCUGAUGGUGCAACAAAGAAAGUUAGUCAGGAUCACUCAUAUUGUAGUAACUCCCUUGAUACAGCUCAGCCCGAGAUACACAGAAGCGAGCCCAGUGCUGAUGAUGGCACGGAACAGGGUAUUCCAGAUUGCAAUCCUAACAGUAUAAACGUGGACCUGCCAAGCAACAACCCCACACAAUGGGUGUGUUUGCCUCAUGCGUCGUGUCCUGUUAUGAGCUGUGAAGAAAAGCUGAAAGCCUUGGCGAACAAGGUAUUAAGACUACAGCAGACCCUCGCCAAGGAAAGGCGAGAGAAGUGGAAGAUUCUCAAACAGAGAAAACAGCUGGAGGAAAAAGUUUCAAGAGUUUUCAACAAAGAUCAGCUCGCCAAGCUCUGUCAGUCAAGUACACGAGGGACAAAAUGGUCAGAUGACACAAUCAAAAAGGGCCUUCAGUUACAGUUGGUGUGUGGAGUGGCUGGAUAUGAGCUGCUGCUUGCCCAAAAACAACCUCUACCAUCAGUUAGAUCACUGAGAAGAGUGCUGGUACUGGAGAAAAAAAGUCCUUCACUUUGAUGUGGCUGCUUGUCCCAGGGGAUUUCAUUGUAUAGCUCUUUGACACUGAGAAACAAAAUGUCACUUAUUGUUUAGUUGGACUCUUUUAUGUAUGGCUCUGGUUUACAUCAAACACACUGGUGAACUUCAUUGUGACAACACAACAAACAGUCUUGGAUACUUCGUUGAGGUUUGCGACUGAUUUGAACUUUUCAACAAAGUUAACACUAAACUGUAGCUUUUCACCUCCCACCCUCUUUCAACAGUGUAAGCUACCUCCUGAAAGAAAACAGAUGAAUAUACUGUGUUUUUUUUUUUUUUACUGGGGGCUUGAUCUAUCUUAAUUUCUAGACUUGGAUACAUUUUCUUUAACCAGUUUUCUGUUUUUCAAAUGGAUGUUGUGGCUUCAAUGUUUCACUGAUUCACCCCAAGAACAUUCCACUGAACCAUUCACCCAGAUCUUCCAUGUCAGACAAGCUCUGCUGGCCUGUCUUGUUCAGUGCUGCUCAACCCAUCUUUCCAUGACAGCCAUUGGCAUUCAAUGUCUGUCAUGGAUUCAAGGCCUAUUUGUCUUCAAAUAAAACUCAGGGAUGAUAUUGCAA